AUGGCCGUUCCCCGAGUGUGCUUCCUCAGUCUCCUGAUCGCCGCUGGCGCGUCGGCUUUCCUCACGGAGGAACAGUACCCCUGGAAGCCCGCGGGACCGGGCGAUCUGCGCUCGCCGUGCCCGGGCCUGAACGCCCUGGCCAACCACGGGCUGCUCCCCCGAGACGGACGGAACAUUGACUUGGAGAUCCUCGGCGAGGCGACCGCGCUCGGCUACAACAUGGAGCACAACACGAUGCUCGCCGUCGGGAUCCCUUCCCUGACGACGUCGACUACGGGCAACGCCUCGACUUUCCACCUCAGCGACGUCAACCAGCACACGCCGCAGGUCACCGAGCACGACGGCAGCUUGACGCGGGACGACGCCUACUUUGGGGACAGCAACACCUUCAGUCCGGCGGCGUGGGGCCGCGCGCUGCACUCCUGGGGCGAUAUCGAGAUCAUUGAUUUCGCCGCUGCCGCGAGAGAAAUCAAGGCCCGGUUUGAAUGGGGCGAGAUCCACAACCCAGAGUUCAACGGGACGUUCGCAAGGACCGGAUCGCUGCUCCAGUACGCGCUGCUCCUGUCGGCCUUCGGGGACUACGGAAACGCCAACAUGACCCUGGUCCGGUAUUGGGUGGAGCACGAGAGGCUGCCGUUGAAGCUCGGAUGGCAGCCCCCGGCGGCCAAUAUCAAUUCCACCAUGAACAGACUCAUUGCCGCGAAUAUUUCCGCGCUCUGGGUGUGA